GUUCGUAUGUUUUCCAACAAUGAGAAUGCAGUGAAUAGAGGAUUGACGUCACGCUUUAGAAUCAGGCAGAUCAACUCGUACAAUGUGCUACACAGUACAUGAAGUCCAACGAGGGAGCUAACAACGCUGAAAUUCGAGUAAUCAUCGCUCCGCUGUACUGAAUCUCUUCGUCCCUGAUGCAAAGCGUUUCCUGCCUGACCAGCGGUAUCAACAUUAUACCUUGAGUAGCUAGUUCUGAGGUCCGUCAGCUGCCAUCAGCAGCUUUCCCGGUCGCAGCUGGUUCAACACCUGGAAGGGAUACCGCAUUCGUUGACCGUUUUUCUCGCGGAGUUCAGAUCAUGGACCAACGAAACCUGGACCGAGGAUGACUGGCGGGAUCUGUUGUGCAUGCACGAGCUGGAGCAGUUCGGCUUGGCGCUACGGAGCGAUCAGCGAUGGGCGCUGCAGUUGUACGAUUCAUGGGGCAAAACUCCGGCUGGAUUGCAACGCGGCAACUCGUUUACACCGGGUAGUUUUGAGCAGUGCCGGGAGUUCUCCGUGCAUAACAGCGCAGCAUCGUUCGAUGGACAGCACUGUACUGUGCGGUUGAACUUGAACUCUGUAGAGUCUUCAUUGAACGAACUUUGGAUAGGUAUUUGUGUUCCAGAUUCGUGUGAAGCGCGAUUUGUGCAAAGGAUGGUGGAUAGUUUUGCGGUAGAAAGCAGCUUUGGAAAGGUGUCGAGCUUUCGCCAAGAAGACUUCUGCUAUCGUGAUGAUCCGAACUGGAGUCUAAGUGGGACUGCUAUCGCUGCUAUAACCAUUUUCGGAAUAAUUGUAGCAGUGAUGAUCAUCAGCACUGUCGUGGAAGUCCUCGGAUUCAUUCUUCAACGUCCUAUACCGCCGCUGAUCAAAGAGCUAUCAGUUUACUACAAACUGUUUGCACUGUUCAAAACUGUUCCCAAGUCCGAAGAGAAGACUGACACAAUGGACUGCAUCAACGGAAUCCGCUCCUUUAUGAUGCUGCAGAUUAUCUCGCACCAUGUCCACGAUGCUAUUCGGACGGUACCGACUACCAAUCAUGUCACUCGUGACGAGUUCUUCGAAUCCGCUUUCGGACUUUUGGGCUAUCGCGUCUCGGCAUUGUCUGCGGAUAUAUUUCUAGUGCUAAGUUCUGUACUCCUGACCUACAACGUUCUGAAGGAGCUUACCGCUACUCAGAAGAUCAACUUGCCACGACUGUACUUUCGUCGUCUCGUACGAAUUCUACCAGCGUAUGGAUUCUUUAUAUUCGCAGUCGUUGCGUUUGCCGAGUGUUUCGGCGAAGGACCCUUGUUCCACUACUACGUCCAACCAAUGAUCGACGCCUGCACAGACAACUGGUGGUCUGCGCUGUUGUUCGUUCAAAACUAUGUUCACCCAGAUCGAAUGUGCCUGCCUCACACCUGGUACCUCUCGGUAGACAUGCAGCUGUACCUCGUAUCUCCACUAUUCAUUUACCUACUCUGGAAAUUCGGCAACCGGUCACUGAUUGCCCCGCUGCUCCUGGCCCUGCUCUCCGUAGCUUGCGUGUUUACCACAUUCAUGGUGAACGAUUUCGUCCUGAAUCCUCCAAUGACCCCGGACCGGGAGUUCCACCGUGACCGGCUCACCUAUUACUCCACUCACGCUCGUAUGGCCGUGUGGUUCUGCGGCAUUGCCUUCGGAUAUCUCCUGUUCCAGACACGCAAGAAGCGCAUUGUUCCAUCGCAAAUCAUUCUGGUAGGGGGAUCGAUCGCUGCUACCGCACUGACCGGGUUCAUCAUGUUCUGUGCUCACGAAAUCUACAGACCUCGGGAAGCGGAUCCCUUGGGGGACGCCUUCUACGAAGCGUUGCACCGGGUCGCCUGGGUUAUCUGCAUCAUGUGGCUCAUCUUUAUGUGCGUCAACGAGCACGCCAGUGCCCUGGGACACUUUCUGGCGUGGACGCUCUGGCAGCCGGUGGCGCGACUGUCCUACGGCAUGUAUCUGAUCCAUUACGUCGUUAUCGUGGUCAGUUUUGCCGGAAUGUUGCGUCAACCGUUCUAUUUCAGUGCGAUAAACUUGCAGUACGUAAAUUUUGGCGUUAUCGGUUUAACUGGCGCGUUAUCGCUCGUUUGGUGGUUGUUUAUCGAACAGCCGUUCCAGGUUAUGGUACGACAUGUGCGCGAGCGGAUUCGAGACUCAAAACAAUAAAGGAUGACAAAUGAUAACAAAA